CCUCUUUCAGCUCUGUGGUGUUUUAGCAUAUAAGUCCACAACGAACACGACAAACACAUUCCCAUACAUAACUACUCCAACUUUAUUUUGAUACCCCCUCCACCACAUCCUUUCCUCCCUUCAACGUCUUUCAAGAUGGUUGCUUUUGAGGACUCCGACAUUGCCGUCGAGACCAACGGUCACCAGAAUGGUUCAGCCAAGACGGAAGCAGGCAUUCCAGUCCCAGGCGAGCACGGCGAGGGCGCCAUCGAGGUGCCCGCCACCCGGUCCUCUGUGUCCGAGGCAGCCAAGUACAUGCACAAUCUGAGCGUGUCGCCGUCCAUGAAGGACAGACGGGGGUCGCGCAAUUCUUUUGGCGCUUCGCUGCCUAUCCCAAGAAGAGCCUCGAGACAGUCUCGCCUGUCGUCCGUCCACUACCCUGAUGCGCGGGAGUCUGGGACGGGUCGGCCGACCAGGCCUGGCAUGCCAGCCAUCCAGCCCACUCGUGCUCUGCUGGCAUCUCAGGUGCAGACCAUCGAGACGGAGAAGGUGAAGAAGGCCAAGAACAUGGCUUUUGCCUUCGAUAUUGAUGGUGUGCUUGUUCACGGUGAUCGUCUGAUUCCCGAGGGUCGCAAGGCCCUGGAGAUUCUGAAUGGCGAGAACGAGCUCGGCAUCAAGAUUCCUCACAUCUUCCUCACAAACGGCUCCGGUAAGCCUGAACAGGCACGCUGCGAGCAGCUGUCCAAGAUUCUCGGCCAGCCCGUCCACGUGGACCAAUUCAUCCAGUCGCACACGCCCAUGUCGGCGCUGUCCGAGUACUACAACACUGUCCUGGUGGUCGGUGGCGAGGGCUACAAGUGCCGCGACGUCGCAGAGCAGUACGGCUUCAAGGACAUCGUGGUGCCCAACGACAUCAUCGCAUGGGACCCAACCAUCGCCCCCUACCGGGUCUUCACCGACGCGGAGCGCGCCACCUCUCGCCCUCGUGACUUCUCCAAGGUCAACAUCGAGGCGAUCCUCGUCUUCAGCGACAGCCGCGACUACGCGACCGACAUGCAGAUCAUUGUCGACCUGCUGCGGUCCGAGAACGGGCGGUUCCACACGCUGGCCAAGGACCCCGUGUCGCAGCGCAUCCCCAUCUACUUCAGCCAGGGCGACAUGCUGUGCCCUACGGAGCACCCAUACCCGCGCAUGUCGCAGGGUGCAUUCCGCAUCGGUCUCGAGGCCAUGUACCGCUCGCUGACGGGUGUGGACCUGGAGCGUGUGGUCUACGGCAAGCCCGAGAUGGCCACGUACAAGUACGCCGACGAGGUCAUGGCCAGCUGGAUGGAGGAGCUGCACGGCGAGGAGAGGCUGCCCGAGAACAUCUACAUGGUCGGUGACAACCCUGCCUCGGACAUCAUCGGCGGCAACAUGUACGGCUGGAACACAUGUCUGGUGCGUACCGGUGUGUUUCAGGGCGGCGAUAAUGAUGAGAACAACCCAGCCAACUUUGGCGUGUUCCCGAACGUCCUCGAGGCGGUCAAGACGGCGCUGCGGAAGCAGCUGGGCGACGAUUUCAAGAUGCAUUUUGACGAGAGCAUGAACCCUCUGCACGCCGAGGGCAACCACGCCAUUGAGGUGUAGGAAUCUAUUUGUUUACGAGGUGCUUGCAGGUCAAAGAGCUUGAGCUGCGACUGCCUUGAGGCGUUGGGAUGGUGGUUUAUUUUCUGGGUACUGGGUUUAUAUUAGACUUUUUUCUUUCAUCCUUUCCACAUCUGCCUUGCGCACGAAAGAAUAAAGACCUUCACGACGGGGGACUCAAAGAGUCUCAUCACAAUGCAUGUAUCGACUUUGUC